GAUGCAUGCCAUUUCCGCACCACGAUGGCCGACAAAAACUGCCAUUCGUGCCGUCGGCGGCGGCUCAGGUGUGAUCGGGCCCUGCCCGCCUGUCGCAAAUGUGCCCUAACCGGCGUCGAGUGUCUUGGCUACGAGCGCCUGAUUCUCUGGAACAAGGGUGUCGCCAGUCGGGGGAAGAUGAUGGGGAAGACGUUUGAUGUGUCUGUGUCACAGACCAGAGAAACGGGAUCGCCGUCCGAGGCUAUAGACAUGGACAUGGGGAUGAGGAUCUGUACACCCCUGAUCGACCCGCUCCUGCAAGACCUCGGGUCCCGAUAUGCGCGAUACAUCUACCAUUUCGACCAGACGUUCUGCAAGGAGAUUGUCAUCUACGAUAUCCGGGACCAGAACCCCGUCCGCCAGCUCCUGGCCUAUCUGUCGGAGUAUCCGAUGCUGCGCGAAGUCUUUGUCGCUACCUCAGCCUGCCACUUGUACCAUCUCUCGCCGGUGCAUGCGCGCUCGAACACCGUCUACCGCGACGCCUUAGUCGCUAAACACAAGGCACUGCGUCUGCUCAAUGACGCCAUUGUAAACCUCUCCACCGCUGAUAUCGACCUCAUCAUCGCGGCUAUCCUGGUCCUCAUGUACCUCGAGUUCCUGGACUCCGGGACUGACGUCUGGCGCAUUCACCUCGAGGGCGCCAAGCGGCUGAUCAACUGUCUACGAAGACAGGAGGGGACGGUUUCAGACACAGAGACGGUUGCAAUAUCUUCGCCUGCGGGCCUUCUGCGCAGAUGGCUUGUCUCAGAGCUCUUAGUAUUCGACAUCAUCGGCAGCACCAUCUCCAAAUCCAUCCCCCUCACCCCAUCCAUCUACGGCAUCGAAGACGGCUUCGACGUCUCCGCCAUCCUGGCCACCGCCGAGACGAAUAAUUUCGCCUCCUGCCCGGCCCAGCUGCUGCAGUGUCUGUUGACGCUCGUGCAGCUGUCCGAGGUCUCGUACCCGGUCGACCAUUCGGAUAUAGCGCCAGACUCGGACUCGGACUCACGCAUGAACACCCCCACUCACGGGAAACACCCCGACCCAACCGCGGAAACCGUCAAGGAAAUCCUACGCACCGUCCGCUCCUUCGUCCCCUUCGACUGGGCCCUCUCCGUCCAGAGCCUCUCGCCCUGCCAGGACCUGCACCAGCGCACUUGGAUCGCGAGCGCCUACCAGGCGGCCAUCUGUCUGUACGCGAUGCGGGUACUUCCUUCCCAGAAACCAGAGAGCUGCGUCAACAACCAGAUUCUCAUCCCAGUUUCUAUCCCGGAAGGCGACCCCGAAGAAAGCGAGCGAGAACAUCUCGUCUCAACCAUCGCCACCCAACUAUCCAAACUCGACCCCGACAGCGGCCUCUUUAAGUCCAGCAUCUGGCCGAGUUUCAUCGCCGGCGCAGAGGCCAAGAGCCCCGAGCUGCGGCGCUGGGCGUGGUUGCAUCUUGCUGCCGUGUCGAGGGUGCUGCCGUAUAAGACGUCGACGUUUGCGAUGGACGUGCUGGUGCUGAUUUGGGGGGAGGAGGGGGCGCAUCGAAGAGGGUGGAUUGAGAUGGCGAGGAGUUUGGGGGCGGAUUUUUUUGUUGCAUAGCGUUUUGCAUUCGGGUGUGGUUUAUGAUUUAUGCUUGGUUUUGAAGGACGAUAUGUGGUUUUAAUGUCGUGGGCUAAAUGAUGAUGAUGAUGAUGAUAGAUAGAUAGAUACCUUGAUAUUAAACGAACAAUCUAC